CAUGGACCUGACAGAGUAGAGGUCCAUGGUUGUAUUGAUAUAGCAUUACUUGGAGUGGUAGUCAUGGUAGUGUAGCAAGGAACUAGAAGUAGUAUGACGAUGCAUGGUUCAUUGACCGGUUUCAUUAGCUAUCCUAUCAAGGUAUAACUUAAAAUUUUAUUUGUACCUGUUUGCUAUUUCUGACUGUUUCUGUUAUACCUUGCACACAAAAUCAAUCAACCAAGGACUAGUUCGAGGUUUAACCGUCAUUACUCUACAAGCGCUUUCAAAUCUGAUGUGAUUGAAACUAACAAUUAUAAAAAUGUUCAUCGAAGGAGUUUGGCGGACUGCUUACAUGUACACCGAAAUUUGCGCGCGUAUCUUGCGAUCACUGGGAUCGGUCAUUGAUGUUUUAUAUGUUUGAGAGGUCAAAGUCAAUUAAAACCUUUCUGUUGUUAUCAACCUGAGCCGGUCAAUGAUGCAGCCUUCAUAGAGGAAGGAGGACGUUUGAAUUCGACUGGAACAAGAAACAGACGCAGAUGCGAUUUCAGUAAUCAUGGCUGUAAACAUCCUUUAUCCAAACUCGAGGAUACUUUUCGCUCUGAUGUGUUUCGUGGGACUAGCUGGUAUUAACACACUCCGUAUUAAUCCGAGCGUCGCCAUUACCGCCAUGGCAGCAUCCAAUCACGGCCCAAGAAACUCGACACGUGACCACGAUGUGACCAAUGAUGGAUGUUGGAAACGAAAUAAUACGUUCCAAGGAAACUACACGGAUGAUGUUAAGCCUGAAUUUUCUUGGAGCAGUCGAACACAAGAGCUUCUCCUCUCUGCAUUCUUCAUCGGGCUACCCAUAACCCAACUCCCAGGCGGCUGGAUCGCCGAUAGAGUAGGCGGGAAGUGGGUCGUAGCAACCGGAGCUGCAAUGACUGCCAUUAUGAACAUGCUUGCACCACUAGCCGCCCGAACAGGAGCAUCAUAUUUCUUCACCGUGAGGUUAUUAGCUGGGUUAUUUGAGGGUGCUGUAGUACCGGCCAUGUUCACACUGAUCAGUAACUGGACUACAAACAAGACCAAGACUAGGGUCACAUCGUUUGCAAUGGCAGGUUGUCCAUUUGGACUGGCGAUAGGACAAAUUGUAUCUGGUUUAAUCUGCUCUACCCCUCAGCUUGGAUGGCCUUUCUCAUUUUACAUCUUAGGUUCCAGCUAUCUAACUUGGGCAAUCCUAUGGGUUGUUAUUGUACGAGAAAGUCCGAUAGAAACAGAAGAAAAUUACCAGAAUGACGGCCUGUCAGAUAAACAGGAAUAUGAACAGAGAAGCCAGAUUAAAAAGCCUCCCGCCACCGUACCAGUUCGUGACCUGCUGACGUCACUUCCUGUAUAUUCAUUUAUUCUGAUCCGGUUUGGUAUACAAGGUUGGGUUGUAGGUACUCUUCUUACCAACCUACCUAUCUAUAUGAAAUACGUCCUUGGAUUCUCCAUCAGAGAGGUUGGAUUAUUAGCGUCAAUUCCUUAUGUUUGUCAGACGAUGAUAGCGAUGGUGACGUCACAGGUGGCUGACUCUCUGAUUGGUCGAAACAGUAGCGUAACUAAUGUCCGCAAGACAAUGAUGUUCAUUGGUGUUGUGGUCAUCGUUGCAACCCUCCUUCCGGUUUCUUUCAUCGGUUGCAAUCGGUACUUCGGUUUAGGUUUCAUCAUAGUAGCCGCAACAGGAACCGGAAUCACCUAUCCGUCGGUUUUCUCCAACGCAGUGGACCUGGCGCCCCGGUUUUCGGGUACGCUGAUUGGUCUUUCAAAUACCAUCGCACUAUCUGCCAGCUUUAUAUCACCAAUAGUAACCGGUUAUCUGGUGGACGAUCAGUCUGACCCGGAGGAAUGGAGAGAUGUCUUCUAUAUCGCAUCAGGGAUCGCAGUCUUUGUCACCAUCUUCUUUCAAUUAUUCGGAUCUGGAGAGGAACAAGCCUGGGCCAAAGACUACGAGAAAGAAGAUGUAAAAUACACGGAUGAAAUAUAUAAAUGUCAGUCUAGAUCUACAGAAAGGAUGCCAUUCAAACCCUUGGUUUGAAACCGGUUUGUGAAGUCAAUAUUAUUGGUACAACAAGAAUGAUCUUCAGGGGAUGUGCUAUUGGGCUUGCAACUACAGUAGUUCGCCAUUAAUUUGCGAGUCCACAUUAAUUUUGGCUGGUUGCAUUGCAAGGCAAGGUGACAAGCACUUUGUCCAACAGUCACGGGGAUGUUGUAGUAGUCGAUCGCUGUGAACAUGGUGAAGUCUCGAAAACAUAAGACGUCGCUGCAACUGAGGAAAGCCUCCGAGGUGUCGCAGAGACGUCUCCUUGUAUAGACAGAAGAAACAUUUAUGUUGCAGAUGUCUCCCUCUGCGACAUCUACUUUGAUGAGAUAAAGAUCCUCUAAUUCUUGCCGAUACCUCGAAUAUCAAGGCAUUUUCGACAUAAUUCGUGCCAAAUUCAUACCAGCGCUCUGCAGCGUUGUCAACAACACCCGCAACAACAGUAUGUUGAGUCUUGACCCGGUGGCUUGUGUUUUUUUUUCGCUUGUGAUUCGUUUUAUAUACAUGAGUGGACCAAAUAAGUGCACACAAUGCACCCUGAUCUUUACCUCCAUGAUAGUUUUGAUUCGAUUAGUAUGGCCUAUUGACAUGCCUGUAUUUUGUCAUUCUGUCAUUGAGAUGUAUAGUUAAUGAGCUAUAGCGCAUGCGUAUGGAUAAAGUAUGAAUAUCAGUUUCAGCUUUGUGAAACGUUUUGUUAUUUGACAUUGAGGUGAUGGCCAAAUCUUUGAUGAAACAGCAAGAUUAAUUAUGAAGAAUACCAAUCACAAUAUUUACAGUAAACUUUAAGCUUUAAAUGUUCGUAUUUUUCAGAGUAUUUUUUUCUUCUUUUAUAUACAAUCUUUUUUCAAUUUCCUUUUUCUGUAUAUUCUCAUGCAUCGCAUGUCACGCUAUAUCCUCAACAAAAUUUUACUGCUUAUGUUUGGGUAACUGGUAUUGGAAAUAUCAGAAUUAAUGACUGACUGAAUUAAUUAAUAAACGACUGAAUCUAACUUCAUCACCCCCCUUUGCUAUUUUUUAGUGGUAUUUUUAGUGGUCUUUCGUCAUUAAAUUCCAUGUGCCAAGUUGACAAUGUCAUCAGUCCGUCUUCUAAAAUCUGAUAUUUAGUCAAAUUUCACACAGAUGUUACCUUUUGGUUUUGACACGCAAUGCACAUUUCUUUGAUAUUUAGGAAGAUAACCGACUCGAGAGUUAUUACGUCACGGUAUCACUUUAGACAAAGGGAAUAAACAAAAAACUAAACGACAAUAACGACCAACCACAGCCAAGAAGAAGGUCAAUAUACGGAUAAUGUAACAGUGAUUGACGUAGAUGUUGCGAAUCGAUUACAUACCAAAAAAAUACAAAGUUCGGUUCAUUCAAAUCCCCAAACAUCUUGUCCGGAUAUCUAUUCGCGGUAAGGAUUACGGUUUCUAUCAUAAAAACCCGACUAGAUAAUCUGUUGGGGAAUAUUCUAAUGUAUCACCGUUCCGCCUUCUUUAGGCGGUUUUGUCUGUCAUACUUCUGAUACCUAGGACUUAUCUAAUAUAUCUUGUUCCUUUCUUAUCAAUAUACAUCCAGUAAAAUGACUGUACUUAUCAUGCUUAUCGAGCAUCAUAAUUAAAUCAAGUUCAGAAAAAACCCCUUCCCCCAAACAGAACAUUUAUAUCAUAACCGAGAGGAUCAUGGUGUGAAUAAAAUGAAAUACUAUUUUUUUGCAUUAAGUGUUUUAAAUGAAAGUAUUGUAGCAAUUGAAGUACAGAGUAUCCGACAAUAAUUUACCCAUAUUCUGAACUGGAUUUUAAUGUAAUCUCUAGUCUGAAUGUUGUAAUUUAACUGUAUGGAUAGCCAAUUGUGGCACAAAACUUUAACAGUAUAAGCCUGAUUUAUCAUUUCACUGUCACUCAGAUUAUUUAUAACUGUUUAGGAAUAUUGAAUAAAGCAGUUUUAUUUGCAAUUAUAGCAUGGAAGAGGACAGUGGGUAUAAAAAACAUACGUUAAAAGAUAUUUGACAUUUUUGGCUUCCCAUAAUUUUAGCCCAGAUUAAGAUAAUGGCCUAACUUAAACCGGACUUUUGAAUACAGGCAGGCCAAUGUGUUCACAUGGUGGAAAACAUUGUGAAAUCUUCACAAUGUUUGGAAAAAUAUCAUUUUUUAAGCAAAAUGAAAAGAGC